AUGAUGCGGCUCCUGCUCCUGCUCGCGGCCGCUACGCGGGCCAAGGAGCUCUCCUUCGGUCGAGACGGCGUCGAGCUCUUCCGACGCGUGUUUGAUGAGGACGCCCUGGAUAAAUUACGACGGGCCUGGGACGCCGUCGAGGCGAACGAGACGGUGGUGCAGAGCGACGUGCUCGAAGAGGGUUGUGUGGAGGCCGUCGCGCGGACGACGGCCGCGAGGGACCCGGGCCAGCGGAUCAUCCUAGCCGCGCGGUUGGAUAGAUCCAUGGAGGGCGACGCGCGGGGGCCCGUGCGCUGGGACGAGCCGCUCGUUGAUGGGGAGAGGCGGCUCGUGGAAGUGAUAAGGACGCCGCUCGACGACGUCACUCCUGAAAGAGCGGCGCUCGAGGUCUGGCCGGGCACGUUCCUCGAGCGAGACCGGCGGGCCCUGCGGCUCGCGGCCGCCAACGCGUCUCUAGGUGAAGAGGACCCCGUCGACAUCGACGACGAGCGCCUCGACGCGACCCUCGAGGACCACGUCAAGCGCCUCGCCGCCAAAACGAUCCCGCAGCGCGCGGGCGACGUGCUGGUUCUAAGGCCCGAGGUCUGGCGCCGGCGGCGCGCGCACCGCGCCGCUGCACAGACGCGGACGCUGGUUUGCGUCGUGGUCAGGGAAGGCGACGCCGACGGUUGCGCCGAGGAGCCGUGCGGCGCGACGCCGCUCGGGCGCUUGUUGGGGCUGCUCGAGGCGGACGGGCCCCCGCACGAGGACGAUCGGGACCUGUGGCGCGCGCUGCGGAACGGCACGCGGCGUUCGAUCGACGACGCGAACGCGACGGCCCUGGUCGAGUUUGUGCGCCGCGUCCAUUCAAUACCAACGCGGGUCGUGGUGGUCGAGGCCGUCGGUGCACACGCGCCGCGGCUCGCGGCGGUCCUGGAGGAGGCCGUGCGACGUAUCGUAGUCGCGCGGCCGACGGCGGCGGCGCUCGCGUGCGCGGAGCUGGACGACGCGGUCUGCGUCUCGUCGGUGGAAGAGGCGCUGGAGGCUUUGCUUGGUAUCGAGGAUCCGGUCCUCCUCGCGGUCCACGGCGACGCGGGCCUCGGCGAAGAGCUCUUAACUCACGUAGACGCGGAGCAGGUCUGGUUGGUGGGCGAGCGCGGCGUUCCGGAUCAACUCAAGCGCGCGGCCGAGGCCCGGACCUGCGCCCACGCGACGCCGAGAGGGGCUCCUUUGUCCCAUAUCCGCGCGGCGGUCGAGUGCGCUUCUCGCAUCUAUGGCCAGCGGGAGGUCGUCUGGAAGGAGGGGAGAGUCAACGAGGGGCUCUUCGGCGCCGUCGGGUACUUCGUGGAGCAUCAUAUAAGAUUGACGGCGCCCUGCCCGCACCAGGAGGUCAUGGGUUGGGCCGGUUGGACCUCGGAGACUGCAUUGGAGCGCUUCACGGGUUUUAUUGAGAAUGUCCAAGAGACCCACGCGCGCGCCUGUCGAGCCUGGGACGCGCUCUGCGCCUCGCCGGCGUUAUACGGAAAUGGCGUCGCGUUCGACGCGUGCUACGGGCUGCGGGGCGGCUACGGCCCGGCGCGCGCCGUGGCCUGCGUCGCGCACACAACAACUCAAACCUCACUCACGACGUGCGCCGGCCGGCACGUGGCGUAUGUCGGAGACGACGUCCACGACGACGACGACGACGAGCCCGAAAUUGAUACGCUCUGCCACGUCGGGUUCGGCGUGGCGCCGUCCGUGGCCGCCUGGCUCCACCACGACAUGGCCUGGACCGUCGUCGCGCUGGCGGCGCCGGCGCCGGGCCUUUGCGCGGACUUUGGAGAACUCGGCGAGCUCGAACUGUUGCGGAGGCUCCACCCCCACAGAAGCGUCCGCGCCUACUCCUUGAACGCGCCCGAGGCCGUCGUACGUGCGGCGUCGCAGGUGGCCUGCGACGUCGUCUACGUGGAUUUGAGUUCGGAGUACGACCACACGUCGAGCAAGACGGCGCGCUACUUCGCCAAGGCCGCGAAUUUAUUCAGAAACAACGCGUCGCAGCUCUGGCUGCCGCGGCGCGUCGCCGUGCGGCCGGGUAUCGACUGGGCCAAGUUGGAACCGCGCGCCGGCCGCGAGGCGAAUUGUAUAAACUACGCCGAGCUUAGAAACGGCGUCCUCUACCCGCAUGCGGGCCGGGCGGGCGCCUGCGCCUCGGUGGCGGCGCCGAGCUGGCUACGGGGCGGGCUCGACGCGUACGUGUAUACUGGAAAAAAGGCCGUGGAGCCUCUGAAAAAACAAACACCUCAACCCCCAGCUUCGCCGUCCGUAAAUACGGCGCGCUUCGUGCUGGUGGCCUGCGACCAUGAAAGCGACCCGCGCCGCGCGACGGAGGCCUUGGUGGCCGUGGCGUCGGCCGUCGCGAGCGCUCCACCCGAAGCGGACCUGAGUUUUUAUGUCUUGGCGAACGGCGGCGCCGCCGACGAACUGACGAGGCGCAUCCCGCGCGUCCUGGCGUUGGCCGACGAGCGCCGCGUCGUUCUACGGGUCACUGUUGGAGAAAUUGCGUGGCCCCCUUGGUUGGAGGAGGAGGCCGCGUCGCACUUCAAGCCCUGCGCCUGCGUGCGGUUGUUUUUGGGGGAGCUGCUUCCGUCGGAUUGGAAUGCGGGGAAGAUUCUGUAUAUAGACACGGACGUGCUGUUCGUCGCGGACCCCUUACAGAUCUACGCGGACGCCGUACAAAGUUUGAAUAACACAUUUGUCGCGGCGGCGGCGGAGCACGGCGAUGUUGUAACAUCAUCCGCCGACGCGUACUACAACGCGUCCGGUUCCCAUUUGCCGCGCGCGUGGCUCGACGACGGCGCCAAUACGGGCAUUUUAGCCUUGGAUUUAGAUAGAGCGCGGGCGACGAAUUUGUCAAUGUGGUUGGUGGACGCCCGGAAGGCCCUGGACGAUUCAGACAUUAGCGUGGACUUCGGGGACCAGGGCUGGCUCAACGCGCUCCUCGGGGGCGCGGCCCUCUACCUGCCGGAGGCGGGGCGGCUGCCCUGCCCGCUCAACUUCCGGACGGACUUCUGCCACCACGAUUUUUUGGAUGCGGAGCGGUGCGCCGCGGCGCCGCGUUUAUUGCACGCGCCGCGCGGCGCGCUCCACCUGGACUCGAUCUACGCGACGCCGGCGUUCCGGAUCCUGUCCGAGUUUGUGCGGGAGGUGGUCCGGGGCCGCGACCGCGAAGCCGCGCGCGCCGACGCGCUCGGGGCCUACGGCGCGCUGCUCUCGCGGCGCGCGGCCGCCGCGCCGCGCUGCGCCGAGGUCGCGGCCGUCGCCUCCGACGCGGCGCGCGGCUGGUUCCCUACUGCCUCCUAAGUUUGUGUGUCGUGUGAUUUGACUGUCUGUCCAUAAGACGGGUUUGCUCAACAACAACAAAACCUUAGAGCCCCUCGAUGA